AUGAAAAGCAUUAAUAUUGCUCUGAAAGCUCUGAAUAUCACAAUCAGUGCUGCUGAAAAGAUAAAAAUUGAGAUUGAAAAGACAAAGCUGAAUAUUGAAAAGACAAAGCUUGAGCUUAAAAAGAAGAAAGUCAUCAUUGAGAAGAUUAAAUUGAAAAUUGAGAGAAGCAGGCUUACAGUGCAGUAUGAGAUUUUAAUAACAUGCAAUGAGAAAUCUGAUAACAGUUACAAUUCUCUUUCUAUCUUCACUGCUGAUGCUGAUGCUAAUACUGAUGCUAAUACUGAUAUCUCUGCUACUGCUGCUGAUCUUGCUCUCUCUCCCUUCUCUGAUGUUUCAACUUUAGUUGAUUCUCUGACUCUGAGCAGCUCUGAAACUCUUGACAUUCUCAGAGAAAAAGUAAGUUAG